CGUCAAAGUUUGUGUACGUGUCCGGUGAUUGGUAAUUUCCAAUCGAAGUAUCUACGUUAGUUUUCUAGAAGUGCUAUAUUACCGUGUUGUUUUUCAAAAUACAGUGUUUGUUCAGUAAUAAUAGCCAGACGUGCCACAAGUGUUGUGCCCCACUAACACAAAUAGCGAGAUCCUUCUUGCUCUAAUAGUCAGUGACUUCACUUCUUCCGCCUGACGCCAGAAUGUCUCAUCAGCGUGAACCAACCGUGGUGGGCGUAGCCAACUUCAAUGCUGCAGAAGAUGCCGCCACUCUCCGCGGAGCCAUGAAGGGCUUCGGCACCGAUGAGCAGACCAUCAUCGACAUCCUGUGCUCCCGCUCUAAUGCCCAGCGGCAAGCUAUUGCCCAGGCAUUCACCCAUGAGUAUGGAAGGGACAUCAUCGAAGACCUGAAAUCCGAGCUCGGCGGUCACUUCGAAGACGUGAUCGUCGCCCUUAUGCGUCCACCAGCAGAAUACCUCUGCAAGGAGCUGCACAACUGUAUGGAGGGUAUGGGCACCGACGAGAACACCCUCGUGGAGAUCCUGUGUACAAGGACUAAGAAGGAGAUCGCUGAGAUCGUCGACGCUUAUGAGAGAUUGUACAACCGUCCGUUGGCCGAGCAUAUGUGUUCCGAGACGUCAGGAGACUUCCGCCGAUUGCUUACGCUCAUCGUGACCUCUGCUCACCAGGGCGCGCGCGACGAGGAAGCGGGUGUUGACCUCGCCCGCGCUCAGGCGUCGGCUCAAGAACUGUUCGACGCCGGAGAAGCCAAGUGGGGCACUGACGAGGAGAUCUUCAACAAGAUCCUCGCCCACGAGAGCUUCGCGCAGCUGCGCGCCAUCUUCGAAGCCUACAAAGACAUCGCGGGCCGCACUAUCGAGCAGGCCAUCAAAGCUGAAAUCGGGGGAGAACUCAAGGACGCGCUCAGCGCUAUCGUGGAGUGUGUGGAGAACGCGCCAGCUUGGUUCGCGCAGCGCCUGCGCGCCGCCGUGGAGGGCGCGGGCACGGACGACGCGGCGCUCGUGCGCAUGGUGGCGAGCCGCGCCGAGGUAGACCUGGCCGCCAUCAAGCGCGAGUAUGAGCGCAUCUAUGAUAAGACGCUCGAGAGCGAUAUAAAGCAGGGCGAGACCUCCGGCGACUACAAGCGCGCGCUCGUGGCGCUCAUCUCGCCGGCGUAGGGCGCUGGGCACGCUGCUCGACGGUUGCAAGAUCUUACGAUAUCUAUUAAUGUUGUAGCUGUAUCGAGCUAUAUUAGGAGAAAUGUCAAUUCAUAUUAACGUUUACUAGUUGUAUUUGAAUUGUAACCUUUUAACCGCUUAGAGUUUUUCAUCGAGCGUGCUCGUGUCGCCGCCGGUACAAAACUAUACGAAGUUUUGUCUUAUUUAUCAGACUACGGCAAAAUGAGCUCGAUAUUAUAUGUCUUAUAUCAGACUACCGCGGUUAAAAGGUAAAUAAAUUAGCGACGCACACACCUCUGGUUGUAACAAACCUAUACUAACUAAACCUAUAAAAAUAAACGCGUUGAAAUUAUUACUUUUUCAAAAAAAUAUUAGUUUCUUUUAAAUAAUAGAAUGUUCCAAAUCAAAAACAACCAGUAAAGCCAUUGCUUUUUGGCCUUCUCAGACCAAAAAUAGAAUAUAAUCUUGAAAUUCAUGGCAGCAUUUAAAACCAAGCUACUUUUAUAAAACGAUUGUGUUGUAACGCAAUAGUCUCCUUAUAAUGUUUACUAUGAAAAGGUAAAACUAAAUGUACCUAAGAUUCUCGUCUGCAUUUUGCAGUUUAAAAAAAAUAAGAUUGCAAUGCAUAUGUCGAAUGAGCAGCUACUAAAUUAAGAUUCACUGUUGUAUUUAUUUAAGGGUUACGAUUUAGUAUUAGAUUUAUUACUGAUUUUUUUUACCGUCAUUUACCGAUUUCGGCCUAGUUCUCAUUAUUUUUCCCUCAAUUCUCAACUAUGAUUUUGCUCAGUUAAGCAAUAAUUUGUGUGUAAGCGCCGCGCUUAUUUCUAUGUAAGUAUAAAGAUGAUUUUGUACUGAACGAUUGGACAUCACAUAAUUUUAAAUUUAAAAAAGUUUUUACCUUUAGUGUUUUUCGUGGAUAUAAGUUUUUUUUAACAAUAGCUUGAGUCUUCGUGAUGCGCUAAAUGUUAGUAAAGUGUCAUUCUAUGGAACUUGCUAACUAUGUAAACAACCGCCAUAUUGAAACUGUCAAAAAUGAUGAAUUUACUAGGGACUUUUAUUUACAUAGUUAGCAAGUUCCAUAGAAUGACACUUUAGUUUAUAGUAUUUUAUACAAUCUGUAUCGAAUGUUGAAAAUGUACCUUAUAUAUAGUUCGCUGAACGAAUAACUAGAAAGCAGUGCCUUGGAAUUGUUGAUUUACUCAAAUUAUAGUAUUAAUUCAUAUUGUUAUUGCAAUGAUAAAAUUUUAUUGUUUUACGCAUUCCAUCCUCGUUUGUGGAGUUACUAGAUAUAGUUAACCUAUUAUUCAACCUCGAAUACAUUUUAAUUGUAUGUA